GCAGACGUAUGUACAAGAGCCAGAGUGACGAGGGUGAGAGAGAGAGAGAGAGAGAGAGAGAGAGAGAGAGAGAGAGAGAGAGACUACAUAUCAGAUCCUCACAGAGAGCUUCUUUCACAAAAACACUCCCUCACUGAAGAUGGAACAACUGGAUCGCUCUGCGCACCCACACCCGUGACCAAUCAAGACCACGAGAGCAAUAAUUGUCUGUGAGGACUCGGACACGCGCCGAACUGACUAAGUUUCACGUUAUUUCUUGUCCCUGAAGUGUAACACCUCGUUUCUCUGUGGAUUUUAAAAAGGUGGCUGGAUGUUGCGAACGGAGUGCGUCAAGUGAGCGCACGUAUCCAACAAGUGGAUGCUUGAAUUUGUUAGCAGCAGACAGUCACUCUGGGACUAAAUAAGACUGAUGAUCAGUGGAUUGGUCACCUGUAAAUGUGUAUCGAUUUAUCGGUUUUUACAGAGCACAACAAGCUGCAGUGAUUAGCUCUGAUUUGGGGCUUCAGUGGUUGAACAGUGAUGCAGAUUUGUUCGCUCUGUCUCGCUCUGAGGUAGUUUUUUUUGUCAAAUCUCGUGACUUUGUGUCUAAAUUAGGGUGUUUUUUCCAAGCAUAGAAACAAACUGCGAUGAGGUAAGACACCUGCAACAUUUCCUGCUCUUCUUUCACUGACAAGAAGAAGCUGGAUUUUGGCGGACACGCUGCGGAAUCCACCGUCUCCCACCGUCUCUCACCUCACCUCUCUCCCCCCACAUCCAUGGACUCCCUCCUCUGUUCCCUCGGUGCCCGUUUGGGGAACUCGGGCUCCUCUUAGUAGUCUUUUUUUUAUUGUAUGACAAGGGCGCAGGUGGCACCCAAAGGUCGCAGCCAUGCCGAUGCAUCCAGUCACCUCCACGCUGAUGUACCGGGGGAUCUGCACCAUUCCGGACAUCCUCUCCUACAGCGCCCCGGUGAACCUUCCGGAAGACGAAGUUGAAGGUGAGAUGCAACCUGUUGGUGUCAGAAUGGGGCUUAUCAGAUAAAAUAAAUGGGUGUUUAAUUCAUAACCUGCUCAGAAAGGGAGUCUGUUAGGCAGUGGUGGAGCUCGACUAAACAGACGCGCGAUCAGCACCUUGGACAGCGCUCAGAGAUCCAGUGCGAGGCACGCGGCUGCAGAUUUGAUUGAUUUCCAGCUCAAAAACGGCCUCUUGUUGGGAGUUAUCUCCAAAAUCCGUUUCUGAUCUUGAUAAAUGAACUAGAAUGUGCAGAAAUAAUCACCCACUUUCCUCGCAAUGCUGCUCAAAGAUCCCCCAAUUUCAUUCCCACUGAUAAAAAUACAUAAAUUUGCAGCUCAUUUAAAGGGGAGGUCUCACAUGCAUAUGCCUAGUAAGAAUUGAGCUGAUUUGACUGAAUAUAUUAAGCCCUUCUUGCACCUUUUUAUCCCAAUUCUUGCCUCUUCAUGGCAGCAGUGAUGCAUUGGCUCUAACUAGAAGCAGAAAGUCUCCGGGUGGAAAUUACAUUCAUGGAAGCUUGAUUUCACUGGACCAUUAAGUCUAGACACUGAGUUUCUGCCAGUCUAAAAACGUUUAAUAUUCCAUCUUUCCCCCCAUCUGUUUUUGGAGCUGUGAAAUCUCUGUGCCGCCGCUGCAAAAGAGUCAACCAAAUUUCAUGGAUAAUUUGCUUUUGAUUAAAGAAAAGCUGUCACAAUCUAGUGUCAACCAUAAAGGCCAAUCCCUGCAACAAGCACCGGAACACGCUGACAACUAUUCUGAGCAAUUUGCCUUUUUUGGUAUCCUGAGAAUAUUCAUGCCAGGAGCACUUGUGAUGUGGACCUGCAACAUCUGCACAUUAUUACCCAGCAGCUCCUUUGGGAGGCUGUUCAAGUCCCAAAGGGUGUGUGAUGGCAGAAGUUCUGGUGGUGUUUUUUUCUUCCAGCAUGGUGACGCUGUGAGGUGGCUGACGUAUGCUGCAGAGUGAUUUCUCAAGUGCAUCUGCCAUCUUUCCUUCCAUACAUACAAUGUGAGAUUUAAACCAUUUUGCACAUAUUUCCUUACAGAAACGAUAGGCUGAAAAAGAAAAAAAAGGUCAAGACAAGCUGGGACUCAUCAGAAACCUUGUUAGUUGGUGCAGAAAUAAAUCGUUAAUUGAGCCCGGAGUUGUGCACACACACUCACACAGACACACACCUUUCUACCUCUCUUGCUCUCACAUGAGUUUGCAGCUGAGUAACAAGCAAAGACUCACUUCUACUGACAUAAUAAGGCUGGCAGGGAACUGCUUUUCACUGGGGAGGUUGAUUUUGAUAGGAACGCUGGAGUUGAAGAGGCCAAAUCCGAAUGGAUUCUGCGCCCAAAAGGUGUUCAAUGACAAGUCUCUGUAGCUUUGACGUAACACCUUUUUUCUGAUUGCACAAAGCGCCAGAAAUAUCAGAGAGUUAAAAGUGUUUUAAAAUGGCUCAGGCUGAUUUGAGGCGCCAUUGUGUCUCUAACAUUUGUCUCUUUCCCCCUUUUUUAAGGCUAUGACAACCAUUGAACAAGCCCAUGAUUGAAGAGACAUCCAAAUGUUUGUGCAAAAAGUGAUGCGCAAGAGUUCCUGCCUUAGAUUAGAGUCUGGAGCAAAACAAGUGACUUUAAUGCAUUAAUAACAACAAAGUUAAUGCUACGCCUUACAUGACGCUUGCCCAACUACGAUUUUAUUCAUUGUUUUACCACCUAGUAAUCUAAUAUAAUCUAAUUUAACAAUUAAAAAGUCAUCAAAGAGGUUGUUUAUCUAUUUAUUCAGCAGGGAAGCAUGUAAAAUGAUUUUUAAUUUCACUCAAAAAAGACAUCCUGUUGGCACUUUAUAAUGUUUCAUCCACUGGAAGGGAAUUUGAAGAGGACUUUGUAUGUUUCAUCCGCUGGAAAAGUAUGUCAGGCAUUUUAAUGUUUUGUUCAUUGGAAGGGCAUCUUCAGGGCACUUUUACAUUUGAUUUGUACAAGGGCAUCAAGAAGCCAUUUUUUCACUAGAAGGGCACUGAUUUUUAUUAUAUUCAUUUGAAAAACAUCCAGAAGACACUUUUUGAAAAUUUUAUGCACUAGAGGUGAAUCUAGAGAGCACAUUUUAAAUGUUCUUUAAGUCAGAGGGGCAGUCAGAGGCCCUUUUCUAUUUAUUUAUUUUCUUCAUGAGAUGAGCAUCUAUCCAAUCCAAGCAGGUAAAAAUAUUUUAAAUGAAAUAAAAUACAUGAAAUAAAAACACAAAAACAUAAAAGAAAUAGAAGUGAUAAAUGGACCAUAAAAGUCAUAAAAGGACAGAGAUCACACAACUCCCGUGCUGAACUAAAAGCCAAGGAAUAAAAACGAGUUUUAAGACGUGAUUUAAAAGUAGAGAGAGAGUUUUAAUUCGAGUGGCAAUUGAUCUAGAUUGAACUUUUCCCCUUUUUAUUGACUGUAUCAGACCUGGCUGCAGAAACAAAUGAGAGGGGGGGGGGCAUUACAUUUUUUCAGGGGGUCACACUUAUUUAAACCUGAUUUUUAUCUGCUUCAGGCUUAACAGCAGCUCCUUGGCCAAUCAGUAUUGAAAUGUUAUUUUCUCUCAGUAGCAAGAGGCAUUUCAUCUUUAAAUAUGUAGAAAUAAAACAAACAAAAUAAGGAAGUGACUGUAGUGCUGUGUUCAUUUAUUUUAAAUAAAACAGAGACCGGGGCAUUCAGAGAGCAGGGCCACACAGCUCCACUUCUAGGAACCUAAGCACUGAACCAACAGUCACACCGGAGUAAAAAAUCAUGUUAGGGAAGGAGGUGGAGCAGCUAGGGAGCAUCAGGAGCAGAACGAAGCAGCAUGUAAGUCUGUCUAUGAAUAUUUGAACUUAAACUCGGUAAGUGGCCCGCCCCCCUUUACCUGUAAUUGGCUAACACGUUACCUUCGAUCAGUUGGAUUGGUUGGAUUGAUUGACAUGUCGAGAUAGAUGGGAUUAUUUGAAGAUGACUAGAAAAAUAGAAAAUUUAUCUUUUAGUCCAGGGCAGGCACAGUUGACUCGGUGGGCAGGCACAGCCCCCCCAAUGCCCACCCAUGCCGCCGGGUCUGCACUGUAUGGGCAUCUUGAAUACACUUUCUUUUUUACAUUGAUUCAUGGCGAAGGGCAUGUAGAGAGCACUUUUUACAUAUUGUUCACUGAACAACAUGUAACAAAAGGUGCAAAAAAAGGUGCUUGAGAAGGCACUUCCACAGUAUACUUUGAAGCACAAGAGCAUCAGGAUUGGGGCUGGGAUUAUACCCCCCUCCAAGCACACAACCAUUGUAAUAUUGAAUGGCAAUUUCAACAGCAAUUUAUAGCAGUAAAGGACGUGAUUACCUCAAUGACUCUUUGCUACUGCAACUAACUAACCGACGAACUGAAAUGAAGUGACAAGAGUGCAGUUUUUGUCUCCAGAAUCCAAGAUGAUCACAGCCAAAUUUAAAAACAUAAAACAAAACAAAAUAUGGUAAUGUGUGAAGUCAGGUUGAUUCAUUCUGCUUCAUAGUCUAUGCAACAAAACAGAUCAGGCCAUUGUGCCUCAUAUCUUUGACACUAUCCCCUUUUUAUGAUUUGACAACCAUCAAACGAGCCAAUGAUUAAAGACAAAUGUCAUAUUGUCAGUUCCGAAAGCAAUCUUUGCAAGAUUUCAUGCUUUUUACUCAAGCAUUGCGCCAUCCAGGGCUUUAUUUUCAAACCUUAUUUUCAAUGCAGAGACAGUUUAUUGCAGCUUCGUUUUGGGAAAUUUUAUUUGGGAAUCCAAGUUUUCCUCACACCCUCUUUUAUUCACAAUCCUUCUCCAGGUGCAGUAAACAGACAACACUUUAUUUGAACUUUAAUUUGUUAAAUCCACUUGCACUGUCUAUCUGGAGCCGCUCUGCUCCACAGGCAAAGUGAGCCGUUUGGCCUUUACAGCUGGACUUAUUGUGGCAGAUUGACUGGAGAAGCAAUAGGAUGGUUUGUGGAGGGAAAAGCGGAGCCAGAGGUAAAGCACGGUUAACAACAGCAGCAGAGCCUUUUUCAGCCACUGUAGAGCAUUAGUGAUCCAAUGUAAGCGAUGUCUUACAGGGUGUGAAGGAGGCAGGCUUUAAAGGCUCUGUCAGUGAGCAGAUUGAGUGUUGUUGUUGUCGGGAGUGGAACUGGGGGUCACAGCUUCCUCUGCCAGAUAGCACAGACGGCAGCUAUUAUUAAUGUGACAGGGCUGAUUAGGUUGUUUAAUCUGGAAAAAACAUAGAUACCAUGUGCCAAAAUACAGUUUUCCUGCUCUGAGAGGCAGUCUGGUAUUUAGCUGCCUAAAGAAGGAAGACACUGACACAGGAUCAUAUUGACCUCCAAGCAAAACAGUGUUGCAUUAACAUAUUGACAUACAGUCACCUGCACAGUCUUCAAAGUUUUUUCUUGAAUGUAGUAAUCAGAGGACUAUGUUUUUCUACCUAACAGCUUUUAAUCAAAGAAAGCAGAGGAGAAGUGAUGCAGUAUUUUGGUUACAUAAGUGAAACAAAUGCAGAAAAGCCUCUAACCUGCAUUUUCCCGAGAUGGUAUUUUCUCUGUAGGAGUCAAACCGAGGGCAGAUUUGGAACCCAGAACGAACUUUCCCAAUCACUUUGCAAGUUCAGUAUUACAUCUGCUCAGCACAGCACGAGUUUGAGAAGUUGGCGUACUCAGGCUGUUUGAGGGGCAGGGGGCGAUGAAAACAAAAAGGGCACCAGCUGUAUGCCGUGGGGCACCACUACACAGUAAGUCAAGUGAAUGAAACGCUAUCCGAAGAAACAUUUUGAAGACCAUUUUGUAAGCUUUUCAAGUUUGUUUCUCUUCUUGAAAACUGUCUAACAUAACCCCUGGUUGUCUAAAUGUUCCAUAUGUACCAUGGAAAGCACUAAAGGAGAAUUUGCACCUUGCAUUUAAAAGACAAUAACAACAAUAACAUUAUGAAUAACACAUUUUCAAUAACUUUAAAAAUACUUUAAAAUAACCAUGCAGGACAGGUACGAAACCCAAGAAGGCUUGUUUAAAGAAAGACAGAACAAACACAAAUUACACAGAACAUAUAUGAUAAAUUUAUCCAAAAAUAUAGCAAACCAUGUGAACAUAAAAUCCUCCAAUGACCAAGCAUGAGAUUAGACUGGUGGGCUUGUUUUAGAAGAUAGCUAAAGCCUUAUUAAUAAUAAAUGCAUCUCACUCAAGGGUUGUUCUAUGUCUGUGCAUGGGUAGAAAUAGCAUGUAAGUGUUUUUUAUUUAUUUUAUUUUUUAAGUUUAACAUUUGGCCACUAUAUUAUAAUUUUAUUAGAGAGAAAAACAUUUGUUUCAUCAGCAAAGCAGGUAAACAAUCAUUUUUACAGAUAAUAUUCAUAACAUUAUGACAUGAAGAAGAUCGUGGGACUGAGGAGAGAGCCUUAGUGUACUCCGCAUAUUAUCUCCCUGUACUUAUGGUGUGUUUGAGUUACCUCAGACGUCACAAGUCCGAGCUGAAAAUGAUGUCCCACCCGAGUUUCCAGCGUUUCAGUUACCAAGUCAGAAAAAAGCUAAAUUGGAGGCCUGAAACAAGAUGGCUACAUCUACGAAAGUUAUUUAUGCGCGUGCCUUGUCCGAAUAUAAGGCAAGCACUAAAAUAAUUUUGAAGAUGUAGCCAUAUUGCCUACAAUUUUGCUUUUUUCUCACUUGGUAACUGAAAUGCUGGGGACUCGGGUGUGACAUCAUUUUCAGCUCAGACAUCUGACUUCUGAGGUAACUCGAACGCAGCAUUAGACUCAAUAGGCUCUAUUUUCGAGUGCGCCCGUGAGGCAGCGGAGGGCGGCGAGCCCCGCGCAGUUGUAUUUUCGUCUGGCGGAGCCCGGUGUAAGGCCAGUUUGGUAUUUUCGUGGACUGAGCCGCACGGAGGCGAACCGAGAGCCGCCAAGCUGGGCGUGGUGGCGUGGCAGGGGGAGGUGUCGACAGAAUCAGCGGGCGCAGUGACAUUUUUGUGCUCACCACCGGCGUGUAAAGUGCGCUGAAAGCUCGCCGAUUCAAACCUGGUCAGCUUUCAGCGCAGGCGGAGCACAGCUGGUCUAGUAGUAUUUUGGUAGACCGGCGGCGUAUCUGCAUUCGUCACUGAUGCCUCACCGGCAGGUUUCCACAGUGUCAGGCAUAUUUCAGUGCAAUAAAUAAUCAUCAUCAACUAUUAAUCAGAGUCAGCACAUACAUUUAGAUCUAUAUCGAUAUAUUCUGAUCUAUAUCGGAUCUGAUGAGCGCAUUUGACACGUGUUUGGACACACAACCUGACCGAAUCAACACAGCUAAAAUCGCAUUAAAUUAAAUCAAAUAUCUAGUAAAUAAACACACAUGAUGAAGUGAACUAGAUAUGAAAUUUGUCUCCCUCCUUUUCUUUCUUCCUCUUCCUCUUAUUUCUCGCACAGCUCGACCUGGACACGUCUCCGUGUCUUCUUCCUGUGCUGCUGCAGCUGCAGCGGCUAAACAGAUGAUUUGUUUCAGUGAUCAGAUGCGUUCUCUACUUUAAGCCGACAUACGGAUAUUAUAAUAUUCAGUCUUGUGAGCCAAAUUUAUUUUAUAUGCCAACAUCUAUGAAAGAAAGAGCCAGGCCACAGAGCGCGAUGCGUCAUUUACGCACAGAUGGUUCUGAUUUUAAUGCAAUUUUUGGAGUUUAUGUUGUGAUCUGUGCGCUCAACCCACCUUUGUCACGUGAGGUUUGAAUGUAUGCAACUUUAUGUAAGUGUCUUAAUUAGUGGAAAAGGGUGUUUUUCUUACCAGUGGGUCCAACAUUACACACACCAAAUCCAUCUGUGCUCAUAUGAGAGAGUGUGGAGGAUGCCCAAUGCAGCGCUUACAGUGACACUUGUUGAGGAGCUGCCCUCUGUCGCCAUCUUGUGGCAUUACUGUCUUUAGACAUCUCUUGAUCUCUUUGACUACUUCACGAAAAUACUAAUACGCCUCGCCGGUGGCGGAUUUAAAGGCAAGGAGAGGAGCUUAUGUGAUUGGUGAAAACAGGUCUCGGCUGUGUUAAAUCCACUCCACGCCCUUUCUCCUCCCUCGCAACGAUUUACGCCGCUGGGAGGAGCUGAGUUAGGGAGGGGUGAUACUUACGCCGGGCUGCACUGCUCACCAAAAUACCAAAUUGUGCUUAGGAACGCCUUGUCGGCGUGGCGGAUCUGACUUACGCCGCGCUUGCGGCACGUCUCCGGCGAGGCACGAAAAUAGAGCCCUAUGUUGCAAUGGGCUAGAAAGUUCAUGAAUUUCACCCUCUGAUAUCAUUUAACUCUUUAGUUUUAAAAUUCGAACACUGUGAUCAUUUAAACACCCCUGUUGGUAAAUGCAUUAUUGUCCCAUCAUUCCAUUUAGACUCUCUGGUGACAGCAUCCGCAUCUCAUCCACUCAGACAUCUCUUGACAGACGGAUAGGAAUUGGUGCAAGGUGUCUCAUACAUCAGCUCUGUCAGCUGGGAGACAGGGCUCUGUCGCCAAGCUAAAUUGCACAUUAGUGCAUCUGUGUGUGAGAGUGCAUGUAUAGGUUCAGGAGGCUCAGGCCCUAUUGGCACGCAUAACCAGAGACUUGAUUUUCAAUUACUGGCCUGGAUACCUCUGGGAUUGGACCAAUGGCACCAUAAUUUCAGGCCAAGAAGGCUGACAGAGCUAUAAUUGAAACAAAAUGCUUUUUUUUUAUGCUUGAUAAGCGUGUGUUUGUGUGUGUGUGUGUGUGUGUGUGUGUGUGUGUGUGUGUGUGUGUGUGUGUGUGUGUCACUGUAUAAGUGUAUGUGGUAGCAAGUGGGGAGUGGUUACAAGUGCCUUAAUGUACAAUAAGGUGUGCAUGAAAUGAACUGGACUCCAUAUUCUCCAUUUCCCCACCUACACGAGAGGGAUGAAAAAAACAGUUGGUCGUAUUACAGGAGCUCUAAUAGUGCAGACCUCCUCCACCAGUGAUAACACAUGCACAAACUCACUCACACAUACUCACACACACACACACACACACACACACACACACACACACACACACACACACACACACACACACACACACACACACAAAGCUUCGUGUCAAUAGAACUGCAGGUGGAAUUAAGUGGGAAGCCCAUUUCCACACUGCCUAACAACAGCCCUAUUGGAGCCAGCUUCAGAAUAGUCCCGAGGCUGAGCUUAAAGCAUUUGCAACAGGUCCCAGAGUGAGGCUCAUGUUAACAGAUGAUACUAGUAUCCUGUGGACAGAAGAUAAGACAGGAGCAGAGUGUUUGCAUCUUGCAGACAAGGCAACGAUCAGAGCUGUUUAUUUGUCCUUUCAGAGGAAAUCAACUCUGGCAUUUUCUUUUAUUGUUUCUCACUUUUGUUUAUCUUAGACUUAGAAAUAUGUCUCCAAAAGAGUAAAGACACUGGGUAAAGUUUUGAAGAUAAUUUCAUGACCACAUAUUGUUUAAAAACAGCACAAAGAUGACACUUCAACCGUUUAUGGGAAAUACAUAAAAAAAAAUUUAAAACUUAGAUGACCAUAUGACUUGUUUUUAUACCUUUCUGAAUAGGGCAUGUUCACAAUGAUUUACAAGAAUACAGUCUGAACCAGUAUUUGUGAAUUAAGAAACAAACUGUGCACAGUUUGUGCAGUUUGUGGUGUUUGGAUGUGAUUUUGAGCCUAUGCAGUGACCUCCACUGUCAUGUCAGCCUUUAAUGAAAAGUGCCUGAAGAUCACAGCAAAGCAGUCUUGUUCCUUUUGUCUGGAGAUGACCUGAAUCUUUGAUCUGUAGGCAUAUUACUAACCUGUUGUCUCGUCACUGUUUGAAGCCACCGUGAGAACAGCACUCUCUGGUGAUGGGCUGCAGUAUAGGUCAUAAAUGCUGCCUCCUCCAGCAAUCCCUAUGAAGCUAUGGACAAACUUUAGUAAUUAAUUACACAGAAUAUACAUUUUUUUCUCCCCUGGUUGCGAUGUUGACAUGUUGUUACUGUAAGACUGGUUUGCUCAAGUCCUCUUUUUUCUUCGCAGCUCCAUUUUUUCCAGAAUCUGUUUUCAAAACACCUGUGACAAAGAAAAGGUCUACUAGAGAAAGAUGAAAAAUGUUUUAAACUUUUGUGGGUUCACAAACAGCGAUGCAUGGCUGUGGUUUUGGGCCUGUGACCAUCUGCGUUCAGAGACAAUAGUUUUUGGAUGUUAUUUUUGAGCUCAUGUGGUGACCUCCACUACAGCGUUAUGUCUGUUUUCAAUGCAGUAUCACCUGAGGGCCCAAUGAGCAAAGCUUUAUGUCAUUUUUGGCCUGUCAUUUAUGCGCAGAAGCUCUCAGUAUUUUGUGAAUCUUUUAAUUAACCCCAGUUUUUUGGCGUCUUUUCUUAAUUGUUGAACUGUUAGCUCCCACAGUUUCUCACUGAUUAAUGAACCUCUUCUCAAUCCUGACAGAUUCAGCCUCUCUGUAGUGCUGUUUUAAUACUCAGUAGUGUUAGUAACCUGUUGCAAAUUAACUAUUUAGUCAGGACAUGUUUCCUUCAGGAUUUUAAUUACAUUUUAAAUAACCAUCAGUAUUUCAAAUCUUGAUCCAACUAUUUGGUCAUCACAUUUAAAAAGAAAAACAACUUCUAUUAUCCACUGAACAAUUUAAUUUCUCUGUGUAAACAUUUGAUUUGUUUUCUUUGCACUAUUUUCAAUUAAAUAUGGGAUUUAAAUGAUGUAUUAACCACCAAAACCCUUUUUUUAAUCCAUGUUUGACUGAGUACCUCAUCUUUUGGGGGGAUUAGGGUUUUAUUAGAAUUUAAAUUGACUCAACCAGAGUCAACUAAUCUAAAAUCAUACAUUUUCAUUGUCACUUAUCUUCAGUCCAAGAAAGUAAACUUCUGCAUCUUGCUUAAGGGGAUUAAGAUCCCUUCAUUAAUUUUAUAAAAUUAGCCUAAAUUCUGUUUGAUUCUUGAGAGAGUUGUCCCAAAAACCUUAAAACACUUUUAUUCAUUAGGACAAAGUGUGAAAACAGAAGCUAGACAGAAGGUUUUUAUAUCCUGUUAGUGAGACAGGUGAUCUCAUUAACACUUGAGGGUAUUUCACCUGUCAUUUAAUAAUUCAAUUUUGGCUAAAAGCAGAAUUAUGACAGCUGCAAUUUAAUAAUGAGAGAGCAAAGUCCAAAGUGUUAAUUUAUUCAGAAUGACAAAACAUUGUAGCUAUCCUCAUAUUUAUGCAGGCUUUAAUUCUUUUCAAUUACUGCCUCAGACAUUAAAUGUGCUGGCAGACAUGAUUUUACUAAUGCAGCACAAAUAAAAGAGAGGGAAGCCGACAGCUCAGUUUACUCUUAUUGCAAGAAAGCUUUAUUUGAUGGACAACAUAUUUUUCUGCUGCUGAUGGAGCCUGAAUUAUAAACACUCCUUAUUAAAAUGUCAAUGUAAUACCUCAUUUAUGGUUUUAUAUCUAUAAGACUUUCAGUGAGACUUUGUUUUUCCUCCUUCAUUCCAGCUUCAGUGUGUUUGGUUUCACAUGAAAGCCUUUCUCUAAUCACCGUCAAAGAAACAUGAAAGUGUAUCAGGAGUCUAACCUGUCACUGAGCUCGACAGGGAAGAAUCUGUUAAGAGCUUUUUUUAAACUCACAGAGCAACUGUCUGCCUUAAUCUCAAUCAGCCUGCCUACAAGGUUAUCUCUCCAUUUGCUCACUCUGUUGGCAGAGUGAUGGGGCUUUCCUUGUCUCUAGAUCAAACACAGAUUAAGCUGUCACUCCCUCCAGAGACAGGAAGCUGAGAUGUUGCCAACAGAAAGUGAAUGUAAAAAGGAUCGGGUGAAGGUUUUUGGGUAGACUGGGAUUGGAUCUGUUGCUUGGCUCUGGUUGGUGUGUUGCCAAGGAGACGACACUAAACCUUCAAAACAUGGAUUUAUGCUUCCUGUAUUGCUAGCAACACUUUCAGUCUAAAUGUUGCUCCGUCAGCCAACCGUAUUGGUUUUGACCCAACAACCUUUGAAUGCAGUGUCAUAAAAUUUGGUCCAGCCAAACGAUCCCUUACACCACCAAAACUUGGACAUUGUUAUCAUAUAAUAUUACUGUAUUCCAGGCUGUUUAUCUUGUAAACCAUAAAAAGGGUGUAUUAUGCUUUUUUUUCAGACUCUAUACUUCCUUUUGAUUCAUCCUCAAUAUAUUUACAUGACAGUCAGAUAAAAAAAUAAGCCUCAAAUUUCUCACAGUAGGGUAUUAAAAUAUCAUUAUUUAAGCCUCUGUCUGGAUUGCUUCGUUUUAGCUGCUGUCUCUUUAAGAACCCCCUCCUCUCACAAGCCUCCUUUCCUCUGAUUGGCCACUUCUGUGGGUGCUUUCUGGGGGCUGGCCCAGAGCACAGAUGAACCAGUAAGGAGAGACUAUGGUGAUGACAUCAUUAGUUAGUGAGGCUCAUUGAGACAUUUCCCAACACACCAUUUUGAGCGGUUUACAUCUAUUUUCUGGGACUGUUUGUGAAAGCAUACAUUUACUUUGUGAUUUGAAACUUUGCAUACAUCUAGUACAGACACUAAACACUGUAACUUUGCAUUUUUAAUUGUAAAUGUGGAAAACCAUGAAACCACCCCCUUUAAUAUUCUGACAAAUUGAGGUCAUAAUCACUAAUUGAUGAGCAGCUAGACAGAAAAUAGUAAAAAUCAGGGAAGUGAGUUAAGAAUCAUACUUGAUACCCCAUUGGCAAACAUAAUAAAACAGCUAACAGCUCUGAUAACUAUAUUUAUAUUACUUUUAAUCCAUUUCAUAUUAUACAUCCUUGAAUGUUAGUUAAUGAAUCUAUACUCAGUCUAAGGAAAUUGCUGGUACACAAAUAAGAUGUCCUGUUCAGCCUGUGGAAAAGACGCUUGUAAGUAUGAGGGUAAGACCACCAGAAAUGCAAUCAGACAAAACAGAUUCCAUCUGUGGUUGUUUUUAGUUUGUAUGAUUGGUAUCAGAGACAGGGUAGGCACUCUGAUUUGACUGUCGAACCCUCCUAGAACAGCCAAUGGUGCUCCAAUUGGUGAAGUAGGCUACAUGUAUCUGAACAACCCUAAAGGAAGUGCUCUUGACUAGUCAAUGGGACUUUCUGUGAAGUCUUUCCCCCGCCAUGAGUCUCCUUGAGUUGGAGAUUUUAAUUUUAGGAAAACAUUAAUCAGGAUAUUCAGACUCCCACGCCGUAUUUUGUUUUUCAAAAACAAGUUUGUGUUCAAUUAUAAGAAAUUAACACACACAAGCUUAUCAACAUGCUGUUGUUUGUUGUCUGUCUUGCAUAAAAAUAAUUAAAACAAAAAAAAAUUAACACGCUCUGUGGGGUUUCUUUUUUACCCUUUCCUGUCAGUGCCUGUCAGAGAUUCGGGGACAAAAAGCCACGACUGACAGAGGCAGAGGAAAGACUUAGACACCACUGUGCUCUUGAUAACAAAAACUGCCUGUGAGGCCAUCUUGAUGUUCCUGCUGCUGCUGCAGUAGGAGUCGAGCAGAAACAUUGACUCAUUCGCUUGCCCUGAGGUGGAGGGUUGACUUCCACUCCUUUGGAAAUACUUACAUGAAUACAAAUGAGGAUAUUUAAAGACACCGGCAUCUGCUUUGCAAGACAGAAAUUAUUCACACAACGCAUCACUGGUGCAGAAUCAGUGGGCGAUGUGGGGGCGUACUUCCAAGGGGUCAUGGGAGACCGUUUUAAAGCAGAUGCUGCUAAGAAGAUUUGGACAUAAACACAAAAACAAACGGACCAAUCAUGAUGGUGGCGGAUAUGCUGGCUCAUUUUCAGGGCUUUGGAGUGUGCAAACAAUCCAGCUGUGUUUACAAAAACACUUUUCCUUCCUCUUCACCUCAGCUAUCGACUGCUAUUAGCAAAGCUCUCUCCCAGGAAGCCAGAAUUAGUUCAAUUAUUGUCCUCUUUCAGAAAAUAACACCUUAUAUUACCCUUAAAUUGGAUCCUCUUAACAGACUUUAUUUCCGCUCGCACAGGAAACAGCUUUCCGUACCUUUCUGCUGAAAACUUUUCAUUAAAACAAUCCGUCCCUCCAACAAUAUCGAAACAAAAAGUUAAUCAAGUUAAUGAAUGAAGUGUUUUCAACUGCCAACACAAUUACAUCGCCAAUUUCUGCCCCUCACAUCUUUUGACAGAGUUACAAGUCUGGCAAAAACCAGUUUAUAACUUCAGCGGCUUUUGUGGCAGAUGAACAAAGAGGACAGACAUGCAGCAUGAACAGCUCUGAAUGGUGUAAUUAAUUAUUCACAAGUAAAAUGCCACUUUCAGCAGGAAAAAAACAACAUAAUCUAACUUUAGUGGUGUUUCAUUUGUGACUGUGCAGUUAAACACAGAUACGGGAUGUAGGGAAUGUUUUUGUGUGAGCACAGCAGGGCUUUUGGUGGGCUGGGAUAUAUCAGCACUCGGUACCAUGUCAUAAAAAGACUAAGGUGUUUUCAAAGUUCGACAUACAAAGUUCGUCUACUGUUUUGGUACAUGAUGUAAAAGGUCAAUGAGGAGAUAACCCAAUAGUAACCAGAUAGAAGGGGACCGCCUGUUGAAGAUGGUAAAUAAAUAGAUUCUCACUUGGUGCUUUUGGACUAGGACAAGGCGGUAAACCAGUAAAAACAGAGUUAGCUGUACAUUGCUUGUGUCAAGUGUUGGAUUCUGAAUGAUGGUGCUUAUCUUGUUUGCGCCACAUAUUGCCUGCAAUCUGGCCUAAAGUCUGAGCCCAUUAGGGGUGUUCCUUGUUGGGUGUUCCAACAAGGGUCAUGAUUCUUGGAAGCUUGGAAUCUUCAAUUAUAAUGACUGUUGAUUCAGUUUGAUUAUUGGUGCCACGAUUCUUUGAUUAUUGCCAUUUUAAUGCUUUUUUCCAUACAAGAUUGACUUUGCCUUCAUCUGUGGCUACAUUUGUAAAUAAAUACCCGAUGAAUUAACUCAGUUCCUCUAAAACAACACUCAAUAAGUAAAUAACAAGGUUUUUUGAACAUUUGAUUUGUAUUCAAAGACACAAAAAUAUUUUUAUUGUAUGACUUAUGUAAACAUUUGGACUUUGACCUACUUAACUAAAAGCCUUCUCUGUUUCGGGGUGAAAGCAUACAGGUGCUGCUUCACGUUAGUGGUGUUGCUGAGAUACUUUCUUUUUGCUUUGCAAAUCUUGCAAAUCGCAUAGGUCCUGUCAGUCAUCUUGUUUGUUCUCUCAUAAAAUCCAAAGUGCUUCCACACAGUUGCAGUCAACCUCGGUGGCAAGAGAAUCGGCUGCUCCAUGGAGGCUACUGAAGCUGUUGCCAUUUUGCAAAGAAACAAACAAGCUCUUUUUUUUGUGGUCCCACUCACUAAACAGUCAAAACGUUGCGCGUGAUUAGGGAUGCAGCGAUUAACCCAUAGUACUAUUAACCGCGAUUUAAAACGUCACGGUUAAUUAAUCCCACAGGCUCCGCAACACCGAGUGUUUGUUAUCACUCGCAAAAAACGGAUGACAUGCUAUUUUGCCGCAACCUGCUCGAAAGGAAAACAAAGUUACACCAGCGAUGCACCUGCUUUUAGUGCCGUGCUGUCAUAUGAUCAGGAGACACGUGACUACUCUGCUGGAAACAACGCAAGAAGAAGAAGAAGACGAAGAAGAAGAACGCGGCUACGCUAAAUGAGCUAAUGAUGGCAGAAGCACCCGGGAGCGACGCUCUCUUUCCGCCGAAAAAAAAAAAUAAAGUCGGGAGUUUGGGAGCAUUUUGGUUAUCUUAAAAAUGACCAGGGGGUCCUUCAGGACGACGGAGCACCAAUUUGUAAAGCCUGCCGCAAAAAAGUUGCGGCUAAGGGAUCGAAUACAUCCAAUUUAAUGCAGCAUUUGCGGGAUCAUCACCCGACUUCACACGCUGAAGUAAAGGUAACACACAAUGACCGAGUAAAAUUACGUUUAGAACAAGUUACCUAAGGAAACAUUGAGUUGGUAGGGAGUCAAGUAUAAACGUGUCACAUACAAUCAGUGGCGUAGCAGUGAGAGUUGAGCUCUAAAUUCAAUGUAAACAAACAGCCGCAAAGCGGCAUGUUUUACCUGACUCCGGCACCAUCUGGCGGGGUCAAUGGAGUUUUCUUCUUCCCGUCUUGGGAUCUAAUUAAUUGCAUUUCAGUUAUUAUUAACACGGCAUAAGAGAUGUUUUACUUCAUUUAAUACUUUAUUUAUAAAUACUUUAUUUCAAACAUUUAAAAAUAACUUAAAUCAUUACUGCAAAUCCAAGGUUCAUGGCAUGUUUAUCUAUUUUAAUUUUUCUUAUUCACUUUUAGCUUAAGACUACCUCUAGUUCUGCACUUCAACAACCUACUGUGGCGGCAUCUUUUUCGAAGUCUGUGACCUAUGCUCCCUCUUCAAAACAAGCCCAGGAUUUGAAUGAAGCUGUGGCCUAUUUCAUCUCCAAAGACAUGCCAUUUCAGAUUGUGGAAAAACCUGGAUUUCUCCAUCUAAUGAAAAAGACAGUGCCACAAUACAAAGUUCCUUCACGAAGCUACUUUUCCUCAAACAAAAUCCCAGCCAUGUACAAGGAGGUACGAGCGAGUGUGGUGGAACAGCUGUCAGGGGGUGUGUUUUUUGGUGCUACCACAGACCUGUGGACCAGCAGUGGUGGUAGAGGGGAACCCUUUAUGAGCUUUACAGUCCACUACAUCUCCUCCGAUUGGAAACUCAAAUCUCACUGUCUUGAGACUCUUUAUUUUCCAGAAGAUCACACAGCAGAGCAUAUCACAGAAAUGAUGGAAAACAUGCUCCUGGAAUGGAAGAUAAAGAAAGAAAGUCUGUCUGGAAUUACAACAGAUAAUGCUAGUAACAUGAGGAAAGCCUUUGAAACAUUUCCCUGUGUUUGGUUUUCUUGUUUUGGUCAUAAUUUAAAUUUGGCCAUUUCCAAAGUCCUCAAGAUCUCCAGGGUGGAAUCUGCUACCAGAGCAUGCCGACAUUUGGUACAAGGGUUUUCUCGAAGCUGGAAAAGAAAACGUGCGCUUCAAAAGAAGCAGGUAGAAUUGAGCAUCCCUGGGCAUUCACUGAUACAUGAUGUUGUCACCAGGUGGGGAUCCACAUUUGAAAUGAUUUCCAGGUUCUUGGAGCAGCAGCCGGCCAUCUGUGGGGUGUUAGCAGGCGACAGAAGCACCUGGCAUCUUAUGCCUAAAGACAAUGACAUCGCUGUCCUGGAAGAAGUUAGCCAGCUCCUUUGCCCUCUCCAUGACUUCACUGAUGUCCUGGCCUCAGAGAGACAAGUCACACUUUCCUCACUGAAGCCAAUCUUGGAGCACAUCACCAAUGAGAUACUUGGUGAUCAAGAAGAAGACAGCACUCUCACUAAACAAAUGAAACAAGUAAUGAGAGAAGACCUGCUAAUGCAGCUAAGAUAUACAGAGGAAAUGAAGAAUGUGCUGAACAUAUCCAGUUUUGUGGAUCCCAGGUUCAAGGGAAACUUUGCUGAGAAUCUGGAUGACACAGUCAAGGCAUGCAGUGAUGAAGCACUAACACUUGCAGCACAGGAAUCUCCAGAGUCAGACACAAGACAGCCUCCAGCAGCGACAACACCGAGCACCUCUUCCACCAACACCACAAACAAAAGUAAAGAGAAGAGCCUGUCUGGGUUGUUAAAGCAAAUCACCACAAGGAAGAACAUGUCAGCAGCAUCAGGAACUUCAGGAAGUGCAGUGUCAUCCACCGAAAAACUUGAUUCUGAGGUUAAAUUGUACUUGUCUCUUCCUGCAAUCAGUGCAGAUGCUGACCCACUGGAUUGGUGGAAAGCACAUGCGGAAGAAAUGCCAAUGCUUUCGAAAGUAGCCAAAAAGUAUCUGUGUAUUCCUGCGACAAGUGUGCCUUCAGAAAGGGUGUUCAGUUCAAGUGGCCAUAUCCUGUCUCCUCAGCGGUCAAGACUGAGCGCUGACAAUGUGAACAUGCUCCACAUUUUUGCACUAUAAUUUGAACUGAAAGGACUUGAAAUAAAUGUGCUGUUUGUGAAAAGGGCCCUGAUGUAGAUGGGUUCUGUAGCCUUUGAGUACUUGUUCUGUUAAAAAGGCAAAAAGGUUUGCAUUUAAUUCCAAAGAUAUGGACCUUGUUUCUUUUUAUUUUCACUAUUAGAGUAUUAUUGUUUCAAAAGGCAGCUACUCUACUCAGGUCCAUAAAUGCAGAAAAAAUAACAAACUGAAAAUACGAAAUAAUUUUGUAAUAUAGUUGAUCAAUCACUUCAUAUGUAUUAUUCUAAAGGGAAAACAGAUGUUUACGGAGCAAUUUUUUUUUAAAGGGAAACACACAGCUAAUAUGUAGCUUCUAUUUAAUUUCAAACAGACAAACACACUGUUUAUUUGUUACUCUCCCUUUCAAAGGAGAGUUAGAUUUUUUUGUUUAUCUUUAUUUAUUAUUUUGUACUGUGGUGUUUGAUUACUGUUUUCUGCAAAUAAAUAGCACAUUAAGAACACUCAAGAAUGUUCAUGUAAUUUUAUAAAGUAGUAUAAGUAGUGUUGUGAAAUUUAUGUAUAAUAAUCGUGAUAAUCGUGAAACCGGGAUUAUUCCUCAUACUAUAAUCGUACAGUGAAAAUCUAUAAUCGUUGCAUCCCUACGCGUGAUAAGGUUUUGGUUACAUGUUUUUUUUUUUUUCCGGCCUUGUGGUAAGCAUCCAUGUUAUUACUUAUUUAUGUAUUUAUUUUAAGCGGCGACAUUAAUUAAUUGAUGCCGAAUUGCCACAUGAAGCAUCGGGAUGCAUUACCACAUCGACCUACCUACCUACCUCUAAAGCCCAUGGUGCAUUAGGAACAGAUAUGAGCUCAUGGGGGACUGAAGAUGCAAGUAUUUCUCCCCAGUCUCCAUGCACUAUGAUACAGUGUGGUGCUGAUCUCAGUAUGACACCCUCAUUAUCACUUUCUCACAAACUAGACUCACUUCAACUCCCCGGAAGAAUAGAAUACCUCAGACUCAGGCCACCAAGCUCUCCAUCAUGCACACUUUGAAUUAACGUCAAUCCUAAUUAAGGGCUAUCUGUACUAAUCCUCAUUUCUGCUAACAUUAACUACCAUUGACUAUCAGCCACAGCUGUAGAUACAAACUGAACAGUAAAGCCAUUUGAUCCGGCAGCAAAAUAAGUAAAUAAAGAUGAAUGGCUGACCUUUCAUGGAUUGGUUUGAUUCAUGUUACACGUUACACCUCAUGACCAAGUAGCACGGAUCUUGUGCUUCUCUACUACCAAUCUACUACCAAUUUGCUUGUACUGGGAACACAAUAUGCAUGCCACUUACACUUCCUACUUCAAUCAGUGGUGCUGGAAUGCAGGUUACCACCAGUUAGUUUUGAAAAGCCUCAAAGAUUCACAUGCACUAAAUAAAAAGGCUUGAGAAAAGACACCCAACAAGAGAAGACAGAAAAUUAACUUCAUCUGUCUUGUUAAAGGUGACAUUACAGAUGUGUGGCACCCAUGAAAGCCUCCUGCUUGUGUAUAAUCAGGCAGAAUGCAAUAAAUCUCACUUUGUGCAUCUUCCGAGCACUCGGCUAAAUCCUUCACCCUCCCCACUCCACCUGCAUGAUGGAAAGUGGCCUUAUGCUCUCUACCAGACAGAGAAGCAGGCAGACGGGAAUAUAUGUCACAAUGGCUCUCUUGGUUGUAUCACCUGCCUGGAUGAGACAGACAGCAUGUGAAAAAGCGCUACUUGACACAGAUGGUGGUGAAGAUGGGAACCGAAAUGAGCUGUUACAGGGAGGCUGAAGUGACCCAGCACCCUGUCAGACACUGGCUGUGUGUUACAUUACUUAUUGUCCCUGUCAGGUAGAAACCUCUCCAUGUUCUGUCAUUUUACAUUAAAGUCCCACUGGGAUCACAUUUUUUUUUAUUAUUCAAUGUCUUCUUAGUGGUCUUUAAAUUGUGAUUAUGCAGUGUCAUUUCCAAGGGCUUUUCUUUAGCAGAGCUCCAGUAGCUCAUAAUAAUUCUUCUCUUAGUUGUGGGCAGAGACAGCGCUGCUCUGCACACUCCUUUUCAUGCUAACUUGUAGCCUUACAUACCCGGUGCAGCAGAAGUGGCUGGUAACAUAGGAGCUAUUCAGCUCUCGGACAGUAAUGUCUUUGGGGGCAUGAUGAAAGCUAAUAUCAUCGGCAGCUUUCUUACGAGCAUUGUAAUCCCCUAACGCACAGGCUUGUUCCGGGAUUGUCCUCUCUACUUCUCAAAGUCUGGCAUGCAGAGUGUGGCACUGGGGGGCGGAGCUCGGAGUGUGAUGUAGGAAAUCUCACUGUGUCUGAGCCUACCGUUUGGGUCCGCCAGAGAUUCACAGCAAUUUGAAUGCAGAAAUACUCAGACAUGUAAUUCUGCACUUCCCUUUCUCAUGAUAUGUCCUGUAGCAUCACAAAAAUGCCAUAUGAACAUACAGACAACAAGAAAAAAAUGAUUUUCAUUUGGAGUGGAUCUUUAAAUGACCUGUGAAGAACUUUUUGUUAGUGUAUUAAUCAUUUAUUGUGGAUAUUGUAUGUGGAAAAUGUAAAUUAGUGUUGUUUUUAGCUGUGAGGCUGACACCCACCCCCUCACACCAGUUUCAGGCAUUAAAAAAUACUACCAUGCUACUACCCACCUCUUCUGUCAUGCCGUCCAUACUCUGUGCUUCAAAUCUACCCUUCAAAACAUUUGUGAUGCACUUUAUUUUGUUGUUUUUUUUUCUUCAAGGGAACAAGUGUCUCAUAUUAGCGAUAAUAUAUUUACUCCAACAGCAGCACAUCUGGCCCAGCACCAAUUUACCACCAUGAGCAUAUGUCUACAUCCUCACCUGCUGCCUCCUGAGAUCUGUAGGAAUUACAUCAACACAAUAAGUCACAUCUGUUGUCUAGAUUCUAUCGCUCUGACAAUGUUCAAUGUGUCUUUUAUUGGAGUUUGAAUACCAAAAAUACAGCUCCCUGUGGACCAGCAGCCUCGCUCAAUUUGUGAUGAGUUACAACAAAGAGAUUUCUCCAUUAUCCUCCGCUAAGUGAAAUACUUGAGAACACUUAAAAGUAUAAGAGUGAAUGAAUAUCUUUUACAUCACAACACAAAAUGAAAUACAAAGUGGGGUUUAGUCAAUAAAGUAGCUUUCAUGUAGCUCCCAUCUCAGUCGACAAAGAUCUAAAGUGACUCAAAGUGAAUGUGUUUACUUUUGCUUGAUCUGCCUGUUGAUUGCAACAUUUUCAUUUAAGAAAUAACUGUAUAAGCUUCCUCAGUGUGCCCUGUUUUUCACUGAUUCACCAUUUAUACUUCCUUGAAGAUGCAAGCUUUUAUUUUCAAACAGGCUGUUUUGAAUGUGCAUUGACAAAAAGGUCUGUGGAGUUCCUCAAGGGUCCAUCCUUAGGAAUAAUCCUCCUUGAAAUAACAAAACAUGUUAUUGCAGAUUCCCCUUUGUGGUGUUUCAGAACUGUUUAUUAACUAGUUAGACAUGGGAAUGUGAUAUUUUAUCACAGAUUAUUGCCGACAGUGUCUUCAUACUGUUGCAAAUACUAAAAAAAAAGAGGUCGUGUUGCUCAGCUGGAGCUUGUUUGCAGUUUUUUGUCUUCGUGCAUUUUUUACCGUAGAUCAUUUGUGUAUGAGCAGCAUGUUUGCUGUUCAUGCAUUUGUUUCAGAUUUUUGCAGCACAUCUUUCAUUUGCAACGUAUUUCCACUCCGUUGAAAUGUGUUGCAAGUGUUUUAGGAGAUGUAGCUUUCUGCACUUGCAGCACAUUUCUCCAUAAUGAAGAUUAUCUGCCUUCACAAACGAAUGCUCCAUCUUAACAACUUGUUCACAUACUUUUGGAGACCAUGUCUGUAGCCUGAGCUUUGAGCCUAAAAAAACGUGAUUGCUUUUAAAGGGAAAAUGUAUUAUUCCCCCCUAAUGCAGAACAGUGAGGGUUCAACCAGACCUUUCUCCAGUCAAAUGAGUCUGACGAUACAGGACUCUCCGGCUGAAGUCCUCCUCCUGUACCCAGAAUUAGAUCCGGCUCUGUUGAGGGUAUCUUUAAUUACUUUAGUCCUCCUCCCUGGUACACCAACCUUCCUCAGACAGCUCCCCCGACACUGAAAGAAACAGCCGCAUCAACAAAUGCUUGUCCGUUUCCAGCACCUCUGAGGGAGGAAUUUUCAAAACAAAAGCCUGAAGGUCAAUACCAAGGUUACAGUAUUUGAUGCAGCAUCUGCCAGCUCCAGUCAAAGGGUGCAGAGACGUGGAUCCCAUACAGAUAGCGUAGAGUUUUAGAAACCUGGAGGUGUUUGGUCUUUGUUCAGAUGAUCAAACUCCUCGCAGUGACUGACUCAUAAUAAAGGGCUCACUGUCAAUAAUCCUGGUUGGUUUUAUACCUCACCAAAUCCACUGCUGGGUUUGGUGCUGCCCGGCAACCUUGGCUUUAAUUUCACAAGUCCUGUGGAGCGAGGAACUCAGAACAACCUUCAUCAAUAACAAUUAAAGUCGUGAACUCUCUAAGUACAACUUUAUGUUUUUCAGAAGAAAGUUUUGUGAUAAGUUUCUUUUAUGUAUACUGAAACUGGAAACUGAAAAGGGGAAAAGGUUGUUUCGUAUCGAUGAUAAAUGAGACUACUUUUGAACAUCAAAAGCCAUAAAAAAACAGAAAUGGAGUGUAAAAAAACACUUGAAUUUCUCAUUUGAUUGUGAAUGGUGCAAAAAUAUUCAAUUAAAUCAAUACUAUAUAAUUUUUGUUAUAAGCUUGAUUUUAGCGACAUGCUUGAAAAUGCACAGUCAGGGGCAUGUUUACCAUCGCGCUUUAUGGCCUCUUGUUUCAAAAACACUUUAUACUCUGCCAAACUGAGGAGAAUUUCAGCUGCUCAGCAGUUCUAGGUCUCAUUUGCUUUAACUUCUUGUAAUUUUUUAAGGUUUUUCAGUAAGUCGGAGAGUAUUCAGGUAGGCCUGUUAGCACCUGGACUCUUGUACUACUGAGCCACACUGUUGUGCUUAAAUAUGCAAGAUCACCCCUGAGAGAGUUCUUGUCUGGGGAAGCAUGUGUAGCUUCAAAUCCUGUACAUAUCCUUCAGCAUUUACGGUGCCCUCCCAUAAACAUCUCCGUACCAUCACAGAUCCUUGCUUCUUAACCCUGCAACCCUCAACCCGGCAGUCCUGUUCGUCCUUAGAGUGGGUGAUGUGGGUCCCAUGGUUUCCAAAAAGAAUAUCCAGUUUAGAUUUAGCAGACCAGUCAUCCACAAAUUUCUAACUCUGUGUUCGUAAACAUUUUCUGGAGGUGGUCCAUAAUUAAACACGGCUUCCAUUAGUCUAUACAUGAUAUUUAGAGGAUGUGGAAUUUAUCAAUGUCCAGUUUGAAAUUAAUGGGAGGCAAUGACAGCUAAGAGAUCAAUUGUGAAUGUUAAUGGUUGAAAUUGAACGAAUUAUAUGUCCAUUUACGUUAAAAAUGAAAAUUCAUCUGCCCAAAUUUAGAAUUUGGAGUCCUGAUAAGCCCCUUCCACAAAAACAAGGAAAGAAAGACAGAAAGAAGGAAAAGUCUUUUUUUGAAUGUAUUAGGGCCACAUUGAGAAAAAAAAUGAAGCCUUUGAGAUUAAAGUUGUUAAUUUAUAAGAAUAAAGUCAUUACCAAUGAAAUUAAAGUCAGAAUAAAGUUCGUCUUUACUGAACUGCUGUUUAAGAUGACAUGUUGAAAUGAAAGCCAUGGAGUGUUUUGUUAAAAUGUACUUACAAGGAGAUACUUAAUCUUUUGGCACAUCAGCACCACAUUAUCAUAAGUAUCAUUAUGAUUUUAUUACAACUUUAUUCUUGUAAGUAAUUAUUUUAUUAUGACUUUAUUCUUGAUGGUAAUGACUUUAUUCUCGUAAAUUAAAGACUUUAAUCUCUUAGUCUCAUUUUUUAUUUUUAUUUUUUAUUUUAUGUGGCCCUCAUACUCUGUCCUAGUUUUGCAAAUAUUUGAUCAAAACUGAAACUCACAUCAGGAUAAAGAAAAUCACAGCUGUCUAUUUACACUUACAGAGCAGUUACAUCACACAGCCACAUGAUGUUUAGCCAAUGAGACUCAAACAUUUUGGCAUUGGAGCCAAACUUGCUCACUUUUUAGUGGAUUAAUUGAAUCAGUGAUUGGUAGCAUAAGACACUAACACAGAUUACCAGAAGUCAACCUGAAACUUUUCAAGUUGAAUCUGAAAAAAGAUCUGAAUCUGAAAAAAAAAAAUCUGAAACAGAAAAAAAAAUUUGAAUCCGUAAAAAUAAGAUCUGAAUCUGAAAUAAAUAAAUAAAAUUCAAUCGAAAAAAAAAAAAGUACUCAAAGAUCAAAAUAUACAUUGAAGUGAAAAAUAGAAAUAAGUAAUUUAUUCAAAAGUAUUAAAAAACAGAAUCAAAGUUACAUUUGAACAAAUUUUUUUAUGCAUUCUGGGAUUUUUCAAAGUUCAAUUUCGAAAUUCAAGACUUUCAGGUACCAUUUUAUUUUUUCAGGUUCAAAUCUUAUUUUUUCACUUCACUUUUUAUUUUUUCACUUACACUACUUUUUCAAUACUUUUGAGCCUGAUCUGGCUCCAUAGAAGAGUCACACCAUCGCACCAUUAUCAGUCUCUGUAAACCAGCAUAGAAAUCCUUCUUGCCACAGUGCAGACAGACAGACAGACAGUUGAAAAAUGAAAUACUCUGAUUACAUCUUUGGAGCAGGUUAACGAUAAGUCAUUUACUUCCAUUCUGAUCGAUUGCCACGUAGGAGUAAAUCCAGCAGACUUUAUUACCUGUGAAAUUAACUGUGAUGAGUUCUAAGAGGUGAAGUGCUUUUUUCCCCCUGAGUAAUAUUUCCUCCCUAUGAUGAGCACCAUGCAAAGUCUUCACCAGACAAAACUAAAUCCGUUGUUCGCGUCAUCCAAACAGGAGUGGCGGCGUUAACGUGGUGGAACUGAUGAGGCUGCAAUGCAGAGUCGCUGCAGCGACCUCUCACAGGUUAUUGGCUCCUGCUCAGUUUGAUAUCUGCCGCGAUGAUGAAAACUUUGGAUGCUUUGGAAACAGGAACGCCUUAGAGGGAAACAAUGAAGACAGAUGAAUGUUUCACUCUCUGUGCCGAGGAAGAAGCAGCAGCGCUGGUCGGCUUCAAUCAUUUAAGGUCAAGUGAGGUGCGAGGAGUUGGCAGCGGGAUUUUUUCUUAUUGAGUUUAAGGCCCCUUGACCUUUCCAACUAUUCCAUCCCCUCCUCCAGUCUCACCCGGAGGUCAUGCCAGCGUGGCGAGUACUACUCUCAAGGUCAGAGCGCAUCAGAUUUCAUAACACAGAAGCAAGUUUCCAUCCGUACCCAGAAUAGAUUUUUUUUUUCCUUAAGACACAGACAUCGUCAUCUGUGCCAUAACCCCCCCCAGAAUACCCCUGAGCUUCAUUACUGGCACAUUAUGGUAAUAUUCAAAUCUACCGGGUGCCCGAGCCGGCCCGUAUCCAGCUAAAGAUGGAUUAAGGUUGCGAUGGGUGUUUAAAAAUAGCCGCACACAAAGCGAAGCUGUGUUUCUCACACUGAUGGGGUCUUACAUAAAGAGUGGGAGUGCUGCAAUUACUGCUCAAAGCAACCCGGAGUAGAUGUAGGUCUGACUCAAGCUGAGAGGAUCUCUUUCUCGGGAAAAACUCACCCUGGAUUACUUUCAUGGACACUUCACAGACACAAAAGCCCCAGUUUUACCCCGCUUUGUUCAAAGUGCAUCACCUGUAAUUAGUCCAAGUUUUUCACCCAUGCUCAUUUUAGCCUGUGGAGGCGUAAGGAUUCGCUCUGGGCAGGUCUGAAAAAUUACAGCAAGUUUUUUUCACAAUGGGGAAUGAUUCUGUGCUGUGAGUACGAGAGUUCAAUUCACGUCGUCUUCUGUCUACUUUUUCAAUUAUUGAGCAUACAGAAACUUUCUUUCAACCCCUGAAGUUUAACUUGCCGUUAAAGUUUUUACGAUUCGAAGCAUUUCCAAUCCGUCAUCAGGAAUGAGCUCUGUUCCUGCGUGCUCCCCGGCUUUCUCUAAUGUUGUUUACAGACUGCUCUGCGUCUCUGUUAUGCGGCAAGGAUCCAGUGAACAUCAUUGAUAUACAAGAGUGCAAAGGGGGAGCAGAGUGAUGGCAGCACUCGGCACCUUUCCUUUGUGGGAGUUCAGCUUCAGAUUCUCAGUUCCCCCUCUCAGCUCACGAUCGUAACUGUGGCUUUUCAUCCUCUGUCAAAUCACACCACAGGGGACUGCAUGGCAACGCGUCUUUGAAGGCCAACAAGCACCUCAUGACAUCAAAGCAAAUACCACAGCUUUCAACAAAAAUAUUCACGCCUCCCUGGUGGAUCCAGGGUCCCAGAGACGGUGCAGAAGAUGCAGAAACAGCAGCUUCUGACCAGAUAAAGCGUAAAACAUAAUUAGGUAAUAAAGUUGAUUGUUAAAGAAAACUGAAGGUAAGAUUAAAGAGCCAGAGGCCAUAACAUAAUCUGCUGAAUCAAAAGUUGUUAUCUCAGAGGUGCCGUCCUGAAAGAAGUGAGAUUUGAGUUCAACAACUUGGAAAAUAAAGCUGUGUAAAGCACACCUCUAUGAAUUCACAACAAACUCAUUUCGAAAUCCUAGAGGGUGAAGUGAAAGUCUAAUUUAGAUUCAAAAACACAGAGUUUGAAUGUGGCUCAUUGAUUUUAAUGAAAGUAAUGAGGGCUCAUUUAUGCUUCCCUCAUGUUUGAACACACAAACAUAAGUUUAAAUGCUAUAACUGCCUCUAUCUACAUAUUUCAGCAUGUUGUCUGUGUUGGAACCAUAGACUGUAUAUACUAUGGACGGUUUGGCUCCGCCUUCUAUCCUGAUACAAAUUUGAAGCCAAAUUGCUCUCUGUAUUUCUGGGAUUUUCUCCACUUCCUGGAACCACCACUUGAGCUACACAAUCUUCAUGCGCCCAUAGGCUGUAUCAAGUGUCAGUCAUAGAAAACAUGAACCUCCUAAUAACUUUUAAAAAUGGAGCUGUACAGAAAGAAAAAAAAUAGGACUUGAGCACAAACCAGUCUUACAGUAACUACAUGUCAACAUCACAACCAGGGGGGAGAUAAAUGUAUGUUCUGUGUAACAAAUUUCUAAAGUUUGUCCACAACUCCACUGGGAUUUCUGUAAGAGGCAGGAUUUAUGACCUAUACUGCAGCCCGUCACCGGAGGGUGCUGUUCUCGGAGAGGCUUCACCCAGCGAGGCGGCAGAUGGCGUCCUUUCUAUAUACAGUCUAUGGUUGGAACAGAACCAAUGCAUUUGAUAGCAGUGGUGCACUCAGGCUGUUUGAGGGCCAGGGGCCAAACAAUUAAAAGGGCCCCUCUAUUAGGGUUUGGGUUGUGUUCAAAGAAGACCUGUCUUCAACAGCAUUUUAAAGACCUCGUUCAUUGCUCGUUUUUUUUUUUCUUUUCUUGCUUAAUUGUAUGUCAAGGAAGUUACUUCACGAGUUGGACCCACUUCUAGUCUGUCAAAAAUGAAUGAUGGGCGGUAGGUAUCCUGGAGUAGGGCUGCUUAAUUACAGCCAAAAACCUUCUAUUUGUAUUGAUUUGAAGAUCACAGCUAUUGAACACGUUUACUCAUAAAGUGACAUCUGUGUUUCAUAGAUUCACGGAACUUUAAAACUCUUAAAAGUUUUGACAUUAUUCACUUCACUCAGUGGCAGUCUUUAACUGGAAGUAGAGUACACAUUUUACAGUGAUAAUCUGAAGCUCUCCCUCCAUUUACAUUAUGUCCCAGGCUGCUGAUUUAAGUUCUCACAAUUCAUUAAGUCCUGGAAUGUAAAUCAACCAACUGUCAGUCCCUUGCAAAGCCUGCAUACUGGAGUGUGUGUUGAGAACAGGUGCAAGUACAGGAAGACGGUCAAAUACACAAUUGAUUGAUUGAUUUGAAUAGUCUUCACAGCCUAUGCCUUUAUCUGUUUUUUUUUUCCAGAUAAUACAGUCUUUAUAUCCUCAGAGCACAUCAGUAAGAGACGGUUAAAUUCUGCCAUCCAUAUUUCCACGUGAUCAGGUUGGAUGUUUCAGGUCGUUUUUGCAGGAACACACUAUUCACGUCAUCUGUUCUCGGCAGUUUUAUUCACAGUCAGGGAGAAAGGGAACAUCUUGAUUCUGUCAGAGGCGGUUUUCUCAGUUACAAUAGAGUCCCCCUGUGGAGACCAACAUGAGAUUCAGGCCAUUUUUUUGGCUCACAGGGUGAAGUGAAAAUGGGAGGAUGUAUUUGUCUCUCCUGAGGACAAUUAAGACGGAGAAACUGUGAAAGAGAUAGCUCUGUAGAGAUUGUGUGUGGUCAAAAAAAGAAAUUAAUUCUUUGGGAGGAUGAUUACUGAUCCUUUUUUCAAUAAACUGGAAAUGGGAUUAUGUCGGCGCGCUGUACCUCAGAGGUUUUUCUUUUCCCUUCUAGUAGCGCUGUGUUUGUCCUUUUUUCAAGCCGAGCCAAGUGGUUCUGAUAAUAUAUUUGUUUUGCUUAUACAUAUUUCCCGCUUUAUGCUGUGUAUCUCACUGGACUUGAUAAGCCAUUUAUUAAAUUCCAGUCCAUGCAGCACAGAAGGCAUUGGUAUUCUGCAAACAGUUUGUGGCAAAGGACAAAAUCCUCCUGCAACAACAUUUUUCAUUACACCGUACAAACUUUCUUUAUCUAGACUAUACCAUACACUAUUCACUAGCAGGGAUGUUUCACUCUCUUUGGCAUUGAAUCAACAAAUAAAGCUUCCACAGGAGACGGAGUACUCGCCAAAGCUGUUCUGGCACCUUAUUAAAGAGUGUGUUUCCCUCCUGCGUGGCAGCAACAUGUGUUUUUUUUUUUUUAGCUAGUGUGUGCAGGAAAAACCUUUCCAAGGCACAAAGGUGGAGCGGAGACCUCAGGUGGAAGAUGGGCUGGUGUUUUUCCUUGAAUCAUUAGAUCACACCCAGAAACAAGGAGAAAAACACACGACUGCAGGGUUUCAAUGAUUCAAACUUUACCUCCUGCAGGAUUUUCACAGGGAAAAACACAGUUUGAAUGUCACUCAGCAGGCUUCUUUUUUGUAUACUGCAUGCACAGAUGUAAUCCAUUGUAGCCCACAUAGCUUGAAAUCCACAUCCCUGUUGUGGGUUUUUUAUUCUCUAUACCUGGACUUUACAACAACAAACUAUUUCCUGAAGCCCUGCUCGCACAUUACACACAGAUGACACACGCUGCUUCCUGCCAUCAGAGAUGUUUUAUGUUUUGUUCCACGGCUAAAAUAUUUGUCACGGGCUGUCACGCUGUGAAUUUUGGCCCGAGGCUCAGCCAUUUGUCCACCAGAGCAGCAAUUCCCAUUUUCAAGACUUGUGGCUUGGCAGUGGAUUGAUCAGGUUUGUCUGAGGGUGUGCUUCACUGACUCUGAAACCGCUAAUCAGCUGGAAACUGAGGAGGGAAAGUCAUAUCAAGAUUGGUAAUUAAUGUUGCUACCUUUAAUCAAGGUGUAAAUACUAAACACAGUGCCGAUCAUCUUCAGCGCAGACUGAAGGUGAGAAAAAACCUUCUUAGCUAACGUCACAUCACAGAAUAAUCUGAGGAGAUCAUCCAUAAAACCAUCUGAUAAUCAGGCGUUUGCUGACUUGUGUAUCAGGCCCAAAGUCUGCAGGAUUAUCUCGUAGUGUGUGUCCCGUCUUACCCACCUAGUGAGGUUAAAAGUAACAUUGUUAACUUGCCGGAAAAUUCAGUUUGAACUCAAUUAGUUCAAUAAAAUUAUUAAUUCUUCCUCUGUCUAGGAUUAGAUUCGACCUCUUUGCCUCUUGCCAGGUGAAAAAUAGGUUAAACCAAGUCAGCAUUCCUAGUAUGGAGACUGUUGCAACACCAGACAUCACUAAUCAACCCUGUAAACAAUACAUACAGAAAGUGCUUCAUCUCUCAGGACAACUUUCAUUCAAACAGAUGUCGAUGUUGAUGAAAGAUGCUACUGGGUUAAUAUCGGCAUGUGAACUUCAGCUACUUUAUGUUUUUCACACAUUGAGAUUGAUUGUUGCUGCUCUUUAAUGGCUCAUUAAACCGGUGUUGCGCUUCUUUGUAAUAGAGCACAGGGUUAUCAUAUCUGUUCAAAGUUAUUCCUGUUCAGCCAUAAGACUCCAACCCUUCCCUCUGACUACAUUCAUAACCAUGAGAUCAAAGUCUGCCGUUAGUUUUACAAAAACUAUAAUAACGUGUGAUAAUCUUCAGAAGUAGGCGGCCUUAAUAAAAAUGCUUAGUCAGGCCUCUGUGCAGGAACGCGACUCCUCCAUAACACCUUCUGCUGCUGACAUAUUACAUUUCCUGUUUCCACCCAUUACUAGAUUAAAAGGGUUAUAGAUAUUUCAUGUUGUUUUCAGGAGAUUUACAUCAUCUCUAUCUUAAGAUUCAUCUCCCGCUCGGCUCUUUUGUGCGCUAAUCAGGCGUGUGGCACGCAGAUCUAAAGACGUAGGUUACCGGGUUGUAGAUAUAACUGCAAGUGACGAGGGUAAACACGCAGAGAUAUGCAGUGUGGCAGAACUGAGGAAUUAACAGCUCAAAGAUCUCCUGAUGUGAUAGUCACUCUGUGUUAGCAGGGGGGAAUCCUUCUUAUUACACUCAUUUUUGCCUCUCAGAGUUAUAAAUCUGUGUCCAAUAAAUGGACAUUGCUUCACAGGGUUCAUCCUGAUAAGCUUUGAUUUAUGUGUGGUUGAUUAUUGAGUCGUUUUUGGUGUUGGCUGACUGACUGUCACCUGACUGUGUGACUUACCUGAACUGUUGGUGUAACUGGUUCACUACUCCUGUAAAUGAUAUUUAACGUUGCAGUUUGAUUAAACAUGUGUCAAAGAAUUUUUACAAAGUUUUAUGUUAAAGUUCUUCAUUUUUACCUUAAAUGCAUCUCAGCUAGAUAUAUCAGUUAUCUCAGUGGUGGGCUGUGCAUAUUACACCUAGGCCUUCAGCGCUAUUCCACUUCGCCCUACCUAAAUUAAUACACCUCAUAAUACCAUCAAUAUGACACCAUAGCUUGAGAAUCCAUCAGAAUCACACUUCAACAUUACAUCACCUUGAUAUAGUCUAGUUGAGCAACACUUAAUUUCUGGAGCAUUUAAAAAAAUAAGCACACAUUCCCAGUUAAAAGUAGGAAUCAAAGAUCACAGAUACUGUCAAAAUUCAAAAAUAAAAAGUGAUCUUAAGAUAUAAGUCAUAAAAAGGCCACCAAAAGUAUGUUAUAUGAGCUCAAACAAGUUUGUCCCAUAAAUUGUACAUUGUCGCCAUUAAAAUAUAAAGCUUGCACACACCGAUAUGGAUCUCCUCCACAGCGCCAGCUUAUUUGAAAAUAAAACCCAUCCUCCUUUCUUUUCUCAAGAAGACUUCAAUGGCUCUGUUGUACAAUUUAUCUGUGCAUUUCGGUUCCAUCAAUAAGUCCUUUUCUAAGGACAUGGAGGCUAAUGCUGAAAGCUGUGUCUUUCCCGUCGUGUUUCUACACAGCAAAAUACAGCAGUAGCUGUUGGUAGCUAAUGGAUCUCUGGGUUGAGUUCAAUAUUUCCAAAUUGUGGCCUUUCAGGCUCUCAUGAGUGCUUAUCCAAUCACAGGACAUGUACAUGUCCAGUUCAGCGUAAGACCUUCUAGCUGGCCUUGGUGUCUCAGAUUUGAGAUCUGAUUGGUUAUUUGCAGCUGACUGUGUUCAUUCACUUACAGCAUACGGGAGCCUGUUGUGUUGAUUCUGAAGGCCUUGGGCAGAUUUCAUAGCGCCUGACAACACAUGCUAGCUGAAAUAUGAUUGGAUAAAAAAAUUUCAUCAUAAUAUACAACAUUGGAAGCAGCUCAACCAUGUGGAUAUAAUAUGACAUAAAGAGAACAGACAAUAGAGAACAAUUUUAUUUAAAUAUUUAUGAAAAAAAUAAAUAAAUAAAUGUACUUUUCUGAGUAUGCUUAGGCCAGCAGAGAAGGCCUUGCUAGCCCUGAUGACCUACCAUUGAGCUAUCGCUUGAGUGGGUUGUACUUCCCUUCCAGUGUCUGGUGGUCCUGAUGCCCACGGUUAUUCUUAAUAUCAACAGUCACCUUAAGUUCAGGGUGAUGGUCUUUCCAACGAUUUUCCACCUCAUUGUUCUUUCUAAGAAAUGAUAGGACUUUAGGGAAUCAAGGAAAUGCGCCCUCUAUAAUUCACCGCUCUUGGCCUGGCAGCAGAAACCAUCGCAGGUUAUUUUAGCAUCAAAGCUCCUCGGAUUUGGCAGCUUAAAGAGUUUGACUUCUUAGUUUGAUUAAUCCCCAUGAAAUUUAAAAUACAUGGUAGGCAGGAACGGCUGCUUUUAAAUGUGACAAUUUUUCCUGUUCUCUUUGUUCGUGGCUAUUUGAUUUUAUUCUGGCUGUUUUUCAUCAUUUCCCUGGUGGAAUUUGUUCUCCUGAGCUGCCAACCCCCAUAUAAGUAUGACUCAAGCACUGAUGCGGCAGAACAAAUGUGUCUUUGCUGGAUGGAGCCUUUCCCACUUCCAUAUCCUGCUCAAGCGUAUGUGUGUGUCUGUGUGUUUACGCAGAGAUCCGAGAGGCCUUCAAAGUGUUUGACCGCGAUGGCAAUGGCUUCAUCUCAAAGCAGGAGUUGGGGAUGGCAAUGCGCUCCCUGGGCUACAUGCCAAACGAGGUGGAGCUGGAGGUCAUCAUCCAGAGACUGGACAUGGACGGUGAGGCAAACACACAGCUUGGAUUUUUACAUCAUCCUGCGCCCCAAAGCACAGAAGCAAUUUGCUCUCUAUUUGCCCACAAAAGUAGACAGUAGCAGGCGGUAAAACCAGCGGCAUUAAACACCAACUGUCCUCUUGUUUCCUGCAGGCGACGGCCAGGUGGACUUUGAGGAGUUUGUGACUCUUCUGGGCCCGAAGCUGACAGCAGCUGGGAUGCCAGAUAAGUUCCACGGCACCGACUUUGACUCUGUAUUUUGGAAGGUGCUCAUAAUUCAGUCCCUUAUUUCCUACUUAUUAGGGAGAAUAUAGUCAGCUGAAUUAAAGCACCAAGCUUUGGGAAAAUCAGAAUUUACCACCAAACUACAGACCAGUUUUAAUUGCCACAUCCACUGGAGAAUUAAUAGGAUCCCUUCAAGAAGAGUGUCCUCAGUAUGAUAUCUCGGCCUCUUUGUGAGCAGUGACAGCCUUAUUAAAACAUUAAAGCUAAUUUUUAUGUAAAAGAAAAAAAAGAUAUUAAUGUAUUUACAGACACCUCAUUAGAUAAUCAGCUGCUCACGUUGUCUGAAGGAUGAAGUUAAUGGGAUGGAGCGAGCGCCUUUGUUGUAGUUAGGUGAUAACAGCACCACAGAGGCUGUCAAGAGACUGAGGCUCCAAAUUGAGUUUGAAGGGGAUUUGUGGGAAUUCUCAGUGCAGGAGAAAAAAAAAAAAAAAAAAGCAUCACAGGCAGAGACACCUGCUGGGAGAGUCAGGAACCCCCGAGGAACUGACGCAAAAGCUGCAUGGCUUCACAUAGCAUUAUACCUGGAUUGAUGUAUGAAACAUGCAGUUGAAUUGAUCACACAGAGCCUACGGUCAAAGUGGAGCUCAGUUCAGGCUGAGCUAAUAACAGGCACAAAUGAAUCUUUAAACAUGCAGCAUGACUCUCUGUUUUAGUUUUCUAAUGAAUUUAUUGAAUUAAAUCUUAAAGUUACAUAAUUCCAUGAGGUGAUGAAACUAAGAAAGUCCACUCAAAACCUGAAGCGUUUUUUUCUGACUUUUAGAAACUUGCAGAGACAAGUUUAAUUUACUUUUCUCAACCUUAUUUUACAAAAAAAAAAAAAAAAAUCUUUUUUUAGAUUCGCAAAUUGACAAGAAUGAAGCUGCAAAUUUAGAUUGUGGUUAGCCUGUGUGGCCUGCGAUAUUUGAAAAGGUAAGAACAGAAAGUGACCACUUCUUUGCACUAAAAUUAGGUGCAUAAAGCGUUUUUUGGAGUUUAACUUGAGUAAAAGAUAUACACAAAAAUUCUAACAUCCCCUUACAGUAAGUCUUUAAACAGCCAUCAUACAUGGGCUCUGACCGCCCUUACAUGGCCAAUAACCUUCAUUUAAAACUGACAAAUUAAAUCUAAUUUUCCAAAGUAAUGCAUUUAAUUAUCUGCAAACUCAUGCACAAAGAGAAUGUUUUAGUGCCAACUUCCUGCACAUAGGCAGAGAGGGGAAAGAAAACUGCUGUCGAGGGCUGUAAACUGACUGAACAUUUCACUCUAUGUUUUAUGAGGUAAGAUACACAUCAUAACAUAAAUAUCCUGUGAGUGGCAAAAAAAGGGUUUUCAUUGUUAUUUUCAUGUUUAUGUCACAGAUUCAAACAAAAUCUAAAGGACGGACCGUGGUGCAGCACUUAAAUUAUUUUUUUAAAUUAAAGAUUAAACUAGGAAAAACAAGAACUUACAUUAAAAAUUCAAACGAAAAAUAUACAAGAAACAAAAAUCUAAAGACUCAAAAACACUGAGGGAAAAAACACAAGGUAGAUAGGUAGAACAAAGAGGGUAGGCUCCACAGGGACUGAAUAGACAGGGUAAUGAUUAACAAGGAGCAGGUGAGACACUGGGACACAGGUGCAGAAAAUCACAAAGGAGGGAAAACACAGAAAUUAAAACUACACCUGAAACACAGGGAUCAACUCCUACAAAAUAAAACAGGAAGUCAAGCUGAACCAGACACACAAGGAGUAGGGACAACAAACAUAACAGGAACAUAAGAAUAAUAAUCACAGGGGAACAGGAACAAGAGAAAUAAUAAAUACACAGAGGAUACAACUAAAUAACGAAACUAGGAAAACUAAACAAACAAGAACUAAUCAUGACAGUGUAUUUCCAUCUACAAAGCCAGCACAGGGAUAAGAGUCCGCCCUGUCACUCUGCUAUACUACAGGUGGUCUGCUUUCCAAUAUGAAGGUCACCUUUUUACAGCCUUUCUAAGAACUGUCAGGGGGCAAGGGUAUCCAUAGUGGCAUAGAUUAUAGGUCUUUACUCACUCUCUCUUCACUCCACAACACUCAUUUAAGCAUCAUUAAAGCAUGCAUUAUUGUCUGUCUAAAGCUGAGGGUGUGUGUGGGCUUCAUAGAUGUUGUGUUUCUCCUCCCUGCCUCCACACUGACCUUGAGUUACAGUCUGCAUUUGUUUCACCAGUGCGACAUGCAGAAGCUGACGGUCGAAGAGCUGAAGCGGCUGCUGUAUGACACCUUCUGCGAUCACCUCUCUAUGAAGGACAUUGAGAACAUAAUCAUGACUGAGGAGAACCACAUAGAGAACCCGGAGGACUGCCAGGUGGAUAUAGACAGUAAGAAACAAACUCCUAUACCUCCAACUGAGUUAUGAUGUUAAAGCAAUCCAUGGCCAGGGUUAAAACUGGUGUUAUUUUCCAUGCAACACACUGCUGCUCUUACCAUCCAUCCUGUUGUUUCCUGAUGGGUGGUAAGUGCAGCAUGAGUGACUGGCACUAUAAGGUUAAGUGGCACCUCCAUCACUUUCACAUUGAUAGAUGUGCAGCAGACAAGCAUAUCUUUAUAAGCAUAUUAGAGAAGUAUAGUCUCAUCACCAUGCAACAGAAUCCAGCACCAAAAACAAAAGAUAUCAAUUUCCCCUGUAACUCUGCAGAGAGAGAAAAAAUGACUCUACUAUUGCUUAAUUUCCAUCCACCUACACAAACUCUGCACAAAGAGCAACGAUUUCUAGAGAGAUGGUGUCAGGGAAUCCGUGACUGAGAAAGAGGCAGGUCAAAGUCUCCUUAUUAUUAGUAGGGAAACACUUGCUUUACAAAGUCGCUGAUUUUUUUCCUGGAGAACAGGGAUGAACUCUGGAGGAACGUUAAUCAAAAGCAUAAUCAAACCUAAGAUGUUCAGAAAUCUCUGCCAUUUGAGCUGAAACAACUCAGCAGACUUCAUAUUUGAUCAUAUUUUUCUACCUCACCUGCCGCGAUGUUAUCCUUCAGAUAGCUCUGCAGGUACACACACCUUUUCUGUGAGUGCUGCUGAUGUGAUGUGCGCCCUCUCGUAUGCCAGUCAGCCGUGAACCCAUUUGUUUGUUGUUCCAAAACUCCAAUCAACAUUUCAAUCUCACCGCCGUUAUGCGGCGUACAGGUGUGACAACAAAUCUUCUUGGCAGCGUUCAUUCCUUAUAAUUGUGUUCCUGUAAUUGUAUGGUUUCGUGAUGAGCUCUGUCAUUGGGAAAUUACUAUCAGAUAUCCUUCAAGCAUGAAAUAAGCCUUGAUUCAAUGGACCUCCGGGCACUUCCUCUUUUUUAUUCCCUUCUUUUUCUUCCUUUUUCCUCCAGGUUCCAGCCCCACGCAGCAAGUCAAGCAAACAUGCGUGCGCAAGAGCCUGAUAUGCGCCUUUGCCAUCGCUUUUAUCAUCAGCGUCAUGCUCAUCGCAGCCAAUCAGGUGCUGAGAAGUGGCAUGAAAUAGGAGCUGUGGCGUGCCCAGCCUUGAACGACAACAAAAGGCUGCUGUUCGGAUAAAUGACUCCACAGGUAAAGCUUCGUGAACAAACCUUACAGACAAUCACACAGCUGUAAAACAGGCCGACAAAGACCCACAAACACCUGGAGUUUCUAAGGACCCUACAUGUGCAGGACUUUGUCACAUUUCCAAAGACUUAAAAAUGAUUUCUAAGGACAAAAGGACCCCCUGCACUGGGAAAAGCAGUGCAAGCAUCUGACUAAACAUAUCACUCUUCGUUAGUUUCCAUUAGCUAUGUGAAUUUGAGCAGUGUGCAUUCAGUACGGUGGCAGCUAUAGAGAGAAGUGUAGUGACUGUCCAGUUUUUGCAUUCGUCUAGUGUUAUAUGAAGUUUAUUCCAAACAAGUAGAAAGAAAUGUCUGAAAUACUAUGGGGACAUUGAAGAAAAUGUAUUCCUGAGGCUGGAAAUUGAUGCAAUGCGCCAGGUACGGAGUGCACGGCGUCGAGGAGAUAUUGUGUGACGUGCAACAUUGUUCGGAAACCACUUGGGAAUAACAAUAGCUUGGUAAAGAGACAGAUAAAAGGGUUUGCAAGGUGGUGCAUGUGAUUGUGUGGAAUAGUUUCACUCAUUCGCAGGCUGCAGGACCCGGUCUGAGAUGGAUGGAGCAGGGUGAGGUGGGUUAACAGCUCUUUGGAGGGGGAGUGUGGAGGUCUGAAAGGCUGAGGCGAAGAGGCUGGAUGUGCGGCAGACACUCCACUCCUUUUGUCUCCACAGCGGGGCUCUGCAGGCCAUCAUCUAUGCAUGAAGUGCAUGGAUUUAAACAGUCGUCGACACAUUUGUUGAAGUUUUAUCAAUGUAUUUACCAUAAUGACUGUGUUACACUUACUGAAUGACAACUGUGAGCAAUUUGUGGUGGGUGACAAAAAUCUCAACUAAAUUAAAGCAUACUAAUGCAUGACAAAGAAGGGCUGCUUUAGUACAUGCUUGUAGAAAUUACUUUUGGGAUUGCUAAACCUUGGAUCUUUUACCUCGCCAGGCGCCUGAUGAUUAUCCGUCACUGCCACCGAAGAGCAAACAACUUCAACAUUUGUGCCACUUAGCAUUUAAAGAAUAUGCAUUAAAACCAGUGGGGUUAGUAGUGUCGAUACAAAUGUGCAGGAUUGUUCUUUUGUCUUCUGUUGUUUCUGUCUGGAUGUGUUGCUAUUGAGCAAUAAAUGUAUGUAAAGCAGACAUCAAACAAAGCUUCAAACGGACGAGAAUCUUCAAAAAUGUGAGCACCAAUGGACCUACCAACUGUCAAGGUUAGGAAAUGUUUUUAGCACUUUUAAAACAAAGGGUUUGGCAAUACUAAAGACAGACAGGCUCUGAUGUUUGAAUGGGGGGACAGCGCUGUGAUUCAGUAAAAAACAAAGAUCAAACAGAUGAAUGGAAAGUGGUUGUCCAAAGCUGCUGACGUUUGGUGAGGGCCAAAUGGUGUAAAACCACUGCAAUAAAACAUCAAUGUCUGUGAGACACCACCUGGAAUUGAUUGGCUGUAGUCUAGAUUGUUGUGCAUGCAUGUGGAAAGUCUGUCAUGUGUUCUGUACAUAGAAACCAACUUCAACCAAAGCUUUAGAACCGGGUCUGAUUUUUAGGAUGUUUGUAAGAGCUGGAAGUUACCGACGUGACGUUAUCUUUUGAUUUCCUGAGUACCAUUUUGUUGGCAUCUUGUUUUCUGUGGGACCACUGCUUCGUUUCCGUUCUGGUUGUUAGAUAACAGUGGUUAACAUCUUGCAGCCACUGGAAAUUAUUGUCCAUCAUCUUCUGAUGUCAAGUUUGCAGAAAUACCACCACAAUAAAUGUGCUAACUUUUCUUCAGAUCUGUCCUCGGGAAGUAAACACCAAAGUGUGUAAUUAAAUAUCUGCAUGAUAAAGGUGCAUGUGGUGAUUUACACAUCUUGACUGAAUGGAAGUAUUCAAAAGUGUUAGAAACAGACACAUCACUGAAUUUCUGUAUUUGAAACUUGUAUGCCAGAACCAUAGACUGAAUAUAGAAUGGACGCCGUCUGCCUCUUCGCUAGAUGAAGCCACCGUGAGAACAGCAUCCUCUGGUGACAGCUGCAGUAUAGGUCAUAAAUCCCGCCUCCUCCAGCAAUCCCUAUAGAGCUGUGGACAAACUUUAGAAAUUAAUUACACAGAUUAUAAAUUUGUCUCCCCCCUGCUUGUUGACAUGUAGUUACUGUAAGACUGGUUUGUGCUCAAGUCCUCUUUUUUUCUGUGCAGCUCCAUUUUUAAAAGUUAUUAGGGGGCUCGCUAUUUGAGCCAAGCGUCAUCACAGUGACCCUCUGCGACUCUUCCGCUGAAUGUGUACAAUGCAACUGCGCAAGUGGUGGAGUGUGUACAACGUUACUGCACAGUGUUGGUGUCAGGAAGUGGAGAAAAAACCCGGAAAUACUGAGAGCUUUUUGGCUUCAAAACUGCAUACUGAAGAAGGUGGAAUCAAGUUGUCCAUAGUAUAUACAGUCUAUGGUCAGAACCUAAUGGUCUUACCCUGUUUUAUGUCUGAUUCUACAAUAAUUAGAUGGUUACAAUAUGAGUUACAGGUAAAUUAAAUUAGUAAAGAAACAGUGCGCUCCCCACACUAAAAAGCACAUUAGACCUGCCAAACUUCAAAAUCAUGCAUGCCUAAAAAAAAAACUCAAAAUGUUUGAGUAAAAGUUAGAUCCAUUAUGUUAUUAUAUCUAACCACUGAUGGGCUGUAUUGGGCUGAUCUGCUGUUUAAAUUGACUUUUUUAAUCUUGAAAGAUUGUUGAGUUAUACUUGCAUGAAGAUUUCUGUCAAUAGAGAUAAAAAAAAAAAAAAUGUUUACGUGAGCCAAGAUGUCAUUGAAGCAGAGUGUAUUCACCUGCUUUUGUGUCUAUUUACUCAUGGACUCUUUAUCCAAGUCGGCUGAAACAUGAGAUAUUCCAAGACAAAAAUAUGAACCUUGAUGACAGAUUUUAUGUAGAAUCUGUAAAUAAAUGUUGUCAUCAGACCAGUAUGUCAAUCACAGGAAUUCACAUCCUGAUUAAAGUCGUAUUUUACCCAGAAUUCACCCAAUGUCAAAUAAUUCAUGCAUUAAAUAAGCAUCAAGCAGAGGAUUGCAUUGACACGGACUUAAAACUUGCAAGUGAUCCCAUCAUACCAGGUUUGCCCAGGUCAUAAACUUGUCAAGAGAGUAUUUCUCCAAUCAAGUUGCAUUAAAUUCACUACUCUUUGCAAUAGAAGUUUUUCCCUCCUGCCAAACCAUUAGCAAAGUAGCAGGUAAAGGGCAUUUACAUUUUUGCUUUAUAUUUAUAAUCAAGGGACUAUUUCCAAGUCUCAUGCAGUUUAUCAUGAAGGAAGCAAGCUUAGAAAGCUGGAAGGGGGACUUUUUUCCUCCUUAGCCUGUGUUUGGACAUAUUUGAAAACAGCAGUUGUAGGGUGACCAUAUCCUGAAUCCCCAAGAAGAGGGGUUGAGUCACGUGUAAAAUUUUGAGGGUUUUUCGGGUCGGAUCUAGUGUUUUUUACGCACUUCUCACUCCGUCCACGCUACACAAACUCAAAACUUCCAUACAAAACCCACAUUUUAUAAACUCCCCCCCGGACAGGCCGGACAGCCCCCAAAAAGAAAAUAUGUCUGGGUAAAAGAGGACGUAUGGUCACCCUAAGCAGUUGCCCUCUGAUAAAAGAAAAAAAAAGAAAUUCAGUUGAGAUUUCCUUGAAAAAGUAACAAAUUUUCAAUCAAACCAUGGAUAACUUAUUCAUAAUAAAACUCAUCAGAAUCCAGCAACAGUAGACGUAAUUAGCAUUAAAAAAAGUAGCAGGUGUACAGCCACACUUUAGUUGAGCUACAGUCAUAGCUAGAUUAGGCGAUUUAAUUUGACAACUGCCAUUACCCCAGUUUACAAGAACCUGGCUAGAAUUUAAUGAUUAUGUUAUGUAUGGCGAUGUCUUUUGCUGUUGAUCACUUACUUAACACAUCAAAACAAUUGCCUAAAUUGUAAGCAUGAAGCCAACAGGUCCCUUCUUCCUAGCUCGGAGUAUAUGCAGAAAUCUUAGGCCAGCUUGAGUCUGAUUUAGGCGUGUACUUCCUAAAUCCUAAAACAUACUAUCCAAGUAUUUUAGUCUGACUGCAGGAAAUUCCAUUUUCAAGUCCAGUUUUAGUCAGGCUUAAGCAAUAAAUUGAUGGGAACAAAGAAAAUAAGCUGCAGGUGUGAAAGCAUCUUCAGUGACCCAUAAAUGAAAUCAGGAUUUGAGUCACUGGAUUAAAAAAGAUCAAAGGCUCACAGUUUUAUUUAUUUUCGACUCAGACGUAUUUGGUAAAGGGUUCAAACAGCUCUUCAGAUUCUCCUCAAAACCAGAAAACUGAAAUAUAUUGACCAUAAUAUUUCCCAUCUCCCAAAUAUCUCUUCUUUAGAUCAGUAUUGGCAGCUCCUCAAAGCUGGAUCUCACACCAGGGCCACAGCUUUACACACGCGACAGAGGUAGACAACCCUAUCGCCCAGAACCAUGCAGGGUAACGAUUAUCUGAUGCUCCCGGGCUAUUUGUCAAAAGUGUCAGCUCUCUUGGGAACACACGGAAAAGAGAAAUAAACAGGGGGAAAAAGGCCCAUUUCUGCACUUUAAGAUGUGCUGCAGAGCACACGAGCGACAACUCACCACCAUGAUUGUUCAUCUGUUUAAGAUCUUCUUUGUGCAUUGCUUUUCCAUAGAUGGAUCUAUUUUUGUGAAGAGACUGUGAAAGAAUAGAGUAUUUACUGACUGAGAAAUGACGCUGUCUGGUUAGUUUUCUAUCAUCUCAUUAACAGGGGAGCAUUUUCAUGGGAAAUAAAGUUUAAUAAGAGUUUGAUUUGUUGCCUUAUUCUGCGAGACUCGGCAUUGUGCAUAAACAUUAAACCAAACGAUUCACAGGAUUAUUCUUCAUCAGCAGAGCAAACUGUAAAAACUGAUAUCUAUUUUCUUUUUACUGAUGAAAAUACUGUAAGAAAAUGUUGAUAGUCUACUGAAUGUUCUAUUUCCAUUGUACUGUACUUUGAUACUUGUCUUUGGAUCUUGCAGAAAUGUUUAUUGACCAUGUGAUACCUGUUCAUCGUCUCCACCUGAUGUUCUUCUUCUAUGUCUGUGGGAUUGUAUUUCACAUGAAUAAAACCACAUAUUGACCAGGCUGGGACUUUGUGAGAUGAUUUCUAACUCUG